UUCAUUUUCUUUCUCCCAUUGCUUUAAUCCAAAGUUUUUGCUUAUGUAUACACAAAUGCAAAAGAUGAUGACUAAUUUUCAAGGGUACACCAAUAUCAUGACAAUCUUGUCUUUCAUUUGUUUCAUUUCUUUCGGGGCUUUCACAAGUGCUGCAAGAAAUGAUAUUAUGUCGGAAUUCUCUACAAGUGAUGAUUUUAGAAGGGAAGUUGGAUAUGGGGAGGAGAAGCUCUCUACGGUGCUGGUCACUGGCUCAAUUCUUUGUGAUGCUUGCGUGGAUCAAAAUUCUCUUCUUCAAUCAUAUCCCAUCUCUGGGGCAUCAGUGGCGGUUUCGUGUGAUACUAGCAGGAAGACGAGUGAAUCAGAUUGGGUUAAAGGCACAACCGAUGAAUAUGGAGACUUCCUCAUCGAUCUUCCUUCCCAUCUCCACGCAAUUCCAAACAUGGAAAAGAAGUGCUUAGUGAACAUUCUUGAGCUGCCAAAGGACUCUCCCUGCCACCGAGCUUUAAAGGGUGAACACAGAGGGAUAAAGUUUUUAUCGAUGGACAAUGGAUUUCGAACUUACACAGCCCAUGAUAUUCACCUGACAACCAAAUAUUCACAGCCGUGCAUAAAGAAACAAGCCACAGUCUAGGAUGAGACAUCAAUAAUGGCCACAACUUAUGCUAGAAGGCGCUUCAGUCACAACGAGUUGUGGAACUCGGCCUUGUUUCUUAUGCUUAUGGUGUUCUGUUUGUGCGUGUGUUUGUCUGCGUGUGUAUGAGUGCAGUCGACUCUGGUCCCAGGAAGAGGAUGUACAUAUUACCGUUAUACCAAUACUGAAACAACUUACAUGUAUUUGAUAAGAAAAUCCAAUCUUUGUGUUUUAUUA